UUUUGGCGGACGGAUUCGAUCCCAAGACUGCCAUCGAAGCUCUGGUGCAAGUGCAGGUCAAUUCUAGUGAUUGACAUCACCUCCCCCAUAAACAUAUCAAUUGGGUUUCUUCCGGGCUCAGUCCGGCCCAACCUUCAAGAUGAAGCUCCGACGAUCAUUACGGAUGCACAACCUGAAGCGACAGCGCGUUCGCAUGUCAUGGAACAAAUACAACCUCUACAAUCUGUCCAAGUUGAGGAUCGAGGAGUCCAGGCUGGGCGACCGCACAUUCUUCCAGCAGAAAUGGGCCGCAAAGGCCAUGACGAGAGCAUACCACGGCGAGCACAUCAAGGAGGGACAAUGGGAGCGCAUGUUCAGCCGCAAGAUCGAGUCGGUCGUCAACAUGAACCCGCGGUACAUGGCUGAGAAUGACGGUUCUGAGCAAGCCACGGGGCGUGGAUCGGGCAAAAAGUACGACCCGGAUUGGCGUGCGAAGCAGGAAGCCUCUGGCCAAAUUGGACCGAAUCCUUACGUGACCAACGUGAAAACCAACCGACCAACUCCCUACAUGCAAAUGACAUAUGCGCCCAUGGAGAGGCGCUUAGACAUUGCCAUCUUCAGAGCUUUGUUUGCGAGCAGCGCAAGGCAGGCAAGGCAAUUCUGUGUUCACGGCUUCGUCAAAGUGAACGGGCAGCCGAUGAGGUAUCCUGGCUACCUACUGAACCCGGGCGACAUGUUUCAGGUUGAUCCUGACCGCGUAAUGAUGGCAACGGGAGCAAAGAAGGGCAAUGUCGAGUUCUAUCUCGAACGACAGAAGAACGGUACCAAGCGCGCAGGUUCCGCCAAAGCAGGCAAGGGUGAGGAGGAGGCCGAGGUUGCGGAGGAGGAUGCGGAGGCGGCGGCGGAGGAAACAUCAGAUGCCGCUGUUGCCGUAGAGUCCGCCGAGACAGAACCAGUGGACGAAGCCGAGGCUUUGAAGAAGACUCAGGAGGAUUUGAAGAAGCUUCUGGCCAGCGCCAAGGAUAUACUCAAGACCAAUUCAGGCAAAGACGUUGAAGCCAAGCGUAAGCAGAAGCUUCGGGCCUUCACAAAGGAGGCCAAAGAGGUCCUUGCUCGUACCGGGCGCAAGAAUGCUUCUGUCGAAGGUUCCACCAUCCAGGUUGAUGAGCUUUCGAACCUGUUGUCGUCCCUUGCAGUCUCGCCUGCCGAAGCAAAGGAGGCAGCCGCCAAGGCGACCUCCCCAUCAGACCCCAACUCCUACGACGGCCUUACCGACUCCGAAAAGCGACGCUUCCAUGAGAUCAUGGACGAGUACAACGAGAAUCCGGUCGACUUUUCCAAGCCUUACUGGACUCCUUGGAAGCCGCGCAAGUGGCUUGCCCCCUUCGUAUUCAUCCCGCAAUAUCUCGAGGUCAACCAAAACGUCUGCUCCGCCGUCUAUCUCCGCCACCCGGUGGCCAGAGCGGGCCAGUCUGAGGUUCCCUCUCCCUUCCCUGAGUUCAUCGGCCAGCUUGCUUUCAACUGGUAUCUGCGUAGGAGAUGAUCGGUCCACGCUAGUGUGGGCGACAGAAGGAGUUCGGAUGCCUGGCAGUGUUUCCUCGCCAACCUGUCCUUGGCCUCUGAAGGUCACAUAUGUUGUCUCUUGCAACAAGCAAUUGAUCACAUUGGGGCUGUGUAUUAUGUAUAUAUAAUUGUAUCUCAUGAUAAGAUAGCAGGUUGUCUGUCAACUUGGGGGUGUCUUACAAUUACUUGUAUCUGUUAACACGAAAAGGGAAAACAUAGACCAGAAAGAAUUGUGGAAAGCAGCUGCACCUAGACAAGAAACUUCAGAAU